AUGACUUCUCUCGCGUUUUCUUACAGGUAUAUACUCCUCUGUUUUUUUAUCCUUUGUACUCCUAUAAUUUACAAGAGUUUCAGCAAAUCCCAAGUUCACCUUUCCGUUAAUUAUGAGCCUUUACAUUUUACCAAGCACGAUAUUCCAAGUGGUGAUAAUGGUACGGACAUCCAACAGCCGGCCCUCAUGAAAGCUACCUUGUUUAUGCUUUGUCGCAAUAGAGAUCUUGCCGCCGCACUUAGUUCCAUCCAGAAUGUUGAAGAUCGUUUUAAUAACCGAUACCAUUAUCCAUGGACAUUUAUGAAUGAUGCACCAUUUUCGGAGGAAUUCAUCAAUGCUACCUCCACGAUGGCCAGCAGCGAUACUACUUACGUCCAACUUCAACAACAUGAAUGGGGUUUGCCCAAAAAUCUCAACAUGAAUCGUGCAUUAGAGACAAUCCGUGACAUGAUGAGAAGACACAUUAUUUAUGGCUUUUCGUUGAGUUAUCGAAUUAUGUGUCGGUUCAAUUCUGGCUUCUUCUACCGAAACUCUGCUCUUAAAAAUUACGACUAUUAUUGGCGUGUGGAACCCGGUGUUAUUUAUUCUUGUGAUAUUCCAUAUGAUCCAUUCCGUAGGCUUCGCGACGAAAAGAAAGCUUAUGGAUUUGUGAUUUCUUUACCUGAAUACCCAGAAACUAUUCCUACCCUUUGGAAUACUACCAGAGACUUUAUCAAAAAGAGUCCUCAUUAUCUUGCUCCAGAUAGUUCUUUAGACUUUAUUACAGAUGAUAACAAGGGCUUAGACGGUGAAUAUAACAAUUGCCAUUUUUGGAGCAAUUUCGAAAUUGCUGACUUGAACUUUUUUAGAAGCGAUGCCUACAACGAUUACUUUGAAUACUUGGAUCAAAGGUUUGGCUUCUUCUACGAGCGCUGGGGUGAUGCUCCUAUACAUACCCUUGCUGCGUCUCUAUUUCUCAACAAAUCACAACUUCACUAUUUUGAAGAUUUCGGAUACUACCAUUUGCCUUGGAAUCAUUGCCCUUCAGAUUAUAAACUCCAUGUUAAGGGCCGAUGCAUUUGCGAUCCUGCCGAUACUGUUGAGAUUCAGUAUGGAUUUUGUUACCCCAGAUGGCUUCACAAUAUGCGAAAUGUUAAUACAUAG